AAAACACACACACUCACACUCUCCCUCUUACCUUACCACUUUCCUUCUACCAUGUUUGCCUAUAUAUACAACACAACUUACACUUCACUCUGUUAAAAAGUAACUCUCCAAUUCCUAUUUUCUCAUUCAAAAACCUAUUUCCACUCUCUCCAACAUUUCGAUAUGUUUUAUACUAGUGACCCCAUUUUAUCAUCAGCUUCAUCUUCCUACAACACCUCAUCACCGGAUUGGGAGAUGCGGUUAGCAGCAAGUUGCCCGAAGAAGCGAGCAGGAAGAAAGAUAUUCAAGGAAACUCGCCACCCAGUGUAUAGGGGAGUGAGGAAGAGAAACUUAGAUAAAUGGGUGUGCGAAAUGAGAGAGCCCAACAAGAAGACUAGAAUUUGGCUAGGAACUUUUCCAACUGCCGAGAUGGCAGCCCGAGCCCACGAUGUUACUGCGAUGGCACUGAGAGGCCGCUAUGCCUGUCUCAACUUUGCAGACUCGGUGUGGCGACUCCCUAUUCCUACAACCUCUGAUACAAAAGAUAUACAAAAAGCGGCUACAGAAGCUGCCGAGGCUUUCAGACCAGACAAAACUUUAUUGAUUAAGAACUUUGACAUUGUUGUACCGAUCAUCAUUAUACCAGACUUUGACAUCGUUGUACCAGUCAUCAUUGUACCGGACUUUGACAUCGUUGUACCGGUUAUCAUUGUACCGGUCAUCGCGACAGAGAAGUUGAAUAUGUUUUGUAUAGAAGAGGAAGAAGAAGAAGGAGUGAUGAACAUGCCAGAUAUGUGGAGGAAUAUGGCUCUAAUGUCCCCUACACAUAGUUUUGGGGAUCAUGAGUAUGAACAUAUUGAUGUACAAGAUUUUCAAGAUGAUGAUGAGGAUUUUAAAAAACCCGUUACAAUGAUUUGGGCUGUGACUGCAAUUGGAGUUCAUUCGUCGCAUUUUGCUAUAAUAUCAAGGAUCAUGAUCGUUACUAUGUUUUCUAUUUGGUAAGGAUCAUUUAUGAGUUAUGAGUGAAACUUGAAUGGUCACUCUGAAUUUUCUACAUAACCAGAAGCUAGUGAUUAGUAAACUCAGCAAUUUCCUCAUCAUUUUGAUUUGGAAGGAAAUAAAAAGAAACAAAAAAAUUAAGCUUUUUAGUAAUCAACGUAUAUAUUGAAAUCUAUUACUAAUAUAUACUCAUAUCAAUAAAGAGAAGGAAAAACCCAAUUGAUUUUUAAAUGUGUGUGGCUGCAAGAGAGGAACCCAAUUGUGUUUGUAACUUUGUACAUAUUAAACCAUGUAUAUCGCUUUCUAGCUUAAUUAAGUAAUGAAAAACAACAAGGAAGGUAACUAGUCAACUCUACUUUAUAUAAUUAAUAUGAAAAAUUGGAGUUAGUUUGUUAUUCCUCACACCUACUAUAAGGUAGUAUUAGUCGAGAAAACAUAUAGAUUACACAAGAGAUAAAGAUGUGAGAAAGAAUUAAUGUGAAAAUUUAUUUUAAAUAUAAUGAAUUUAAAAUGGCUUUUGUUAUUUAAAAAGAAAAGAAAAAUAAGUGGGUCUGACUUCUUCUCUUUGCUUAGUUGAAUAUAAAGUAACUGAAUGACAUGCUAAUAUAUGCUAAAUUGGGCUCUUCUUUUGGUUUUCUUAUAGGAUUUUCCUCUCUAGCAGUUUUUUUAAUUUUUUUAAUUGAAUGAUCUCUUAUAAUUCUUAAAUGGACUUUCCA